CCCCGCUGGAGUCCUGAUUCACACGUCCAUUGGCGCUGGUGCUUGGUGCUUGCUUUGGACUCGUGCUGCAGCAGAUCAUCGGUACAAGCACGAGAUGUCUCCUUCACAUACAGUCCUAUAGCGGCUAAUUCGGUUUUAUAAACCCGGAAUCGCGAAGAACAGCGGCUCCGCACCAUCCGGGAGCUUCAUCUGCUCCGACUGAAGUCAAUCCAGCUUGUUUGGUGUAUUACACGGAUCAGUUCGGCGUCCGUAUUCAUGUUAUUGCGGGCUGUAUAUUGUUGAAUAGAACAGAUAAUCAUGGCGAGUGACUCUCCUGCGAGGAGUCUGGAUGAGAUCGACCUGUCUGCUCUGCGGGACCCUGCGGGCAUAUUUGAGCUGGUGGAGCUCGUGGGAAACGGGACCUAUGGACAAGUAUAUAAGGGACGUCAUGUUAAGACCGGCCAGCUCGCUGCAAUCAAGGUCAUGGAUGUCACAGGGGAUGAGGAGGAGGAGAUCAAAGCUGAGAUCAACAUGCUAAAAAAAUACUCCCACCAUCGAAACAUCGCCACCUACUAUGGUGCCUUCAUCAAGAAGAACCCACCUGGCAUGGAUGACCAGCUCUGGCUGGUGAUGGAGUUUUGUGGUGCUGGUUCAGUGACAGACCUGAUAAAGAACACCAAAGGAAACACUCUGAAGGAGGAGUGGACGGCCUACAUCUGCAGAGAGAUCCUCAGGGUGAGUGUGUGUGUUGUAUGUAAGGUUUUUAUCCGUGAUAUCAAAGGUCAAAACGUUUUGCUCACGGAAAAUGCGGAAGUCAAACUAGUUGAUUUUGGUGUGAGUGCACAGUUGGACCGUACCGUGGGUAGGAGGAACACUUUUAUUGGCACUCCAUAUUGGAUGGCUCCAGAGGUCAUCGCCUGUGAUGAGAACCCAGACGCCACAUAUGACUUCAAGAGUGAUCUGUGGUCGCUGGGAAUUACGGCUAUUGAGAUGGCAGAAGGAGCCCCUCCGCUGUGCGAUAUGCAUCCUAUGCGAGCACUUUUCCUCAUACCCAGAAACCCAGCGCCUCGUCUCAAGUCCAAGAAGUGGUCUAAAAAGUUCCAGUCGUUCAUUGAGAGCUGUUUAGUGAAGAAUCACAACCAGAGACCCAGUACUGAACAGCUCAUGAAACAUCCCUUCAUCAAAGACCUUCCCAACGAGAGACAGGUCCGAAUCCAGCUCAAAGACCACAUUGACCGGACCAAAAAGAAGAGAGGAGAGAGGGAUGAGACAGAAUAUGAGUACAGUGGAAGUGAAGAGGAGGAGGAAGAGCGAGACAUAGGAGAGCCAAGCUCUAUCAUAAACAUCCCUGGGGAAUCGACCCUGAGGCGGGACUUCCUGCGUCUACAGUUGGCCAAUAAGGAGCGCUCCGAAGCCCUGAGGAGACAACAGCUAGAACAGCAACAGAAUGAGGAACACAAGCGCCAACUACUGGCAGAGAGGCAGAAGCGCAUCGAGGAGCAGAAGGAGCAAAGGAGGAGACUCGAGGAGCAACAGCGACGGGAGAGAGAGCUCCGGAAACAGCAGGAGAGAGAGCAGAGGAGGCGCUAUGAGGAGAUGGAGCAGCUCCGGAGAGAGGAGGAGAGGAGGCAUGCUGAGAGGGAGCAGGAGUAUAUCCGCCGGCAGUUAGAAGAAGAACAAAGGCAGCUGGAGAUUCUUCAACAGCAGCUUCUCCAAGAACAAGCUCUUCUCCUGGAAUACAAACGGAAGCAGAUAGAGGAGCAGCGGCAGGCUGAGCGGUUACAGCGGCAGCUGCAGCAGGAAAGGGCCUACCUUGUUUCACUGCAGCAACAGCAACAAGAGCCACGGCCUGCAGACAAAAAACAACUGUACCACUACAAAGACUCAGUCAACCCCAGUGACAAACCGGCCUGGGCUAAAGAGGUGAUGGAGAGAGCUCAGGGUAACUCCCCUCGAAUCCCUCCCAAGAAGCACCAUUCGUUUAACAGUCCUGGAGAAAAACGUGUCGGUCAACUCCUCCCUCUUGACAAGAGCUCCUCUAAUCAGCCCACGAGGCCCCCCUCGUACCCAGCAGCCUCCCACUCGAGAGAGAUAGAGCUGGCCGAGCCUCAGCUCAGGAUAGUCAGUGGGCCAAACGUUCCUAGAAUCCGUGUGUCUUGCGAGCCAGAUCCAUCCCAGCUGGUCAGGAUGGUCCAGCAGCAUCUUGAGCAAGAGUCCCGGGGCCGCAAUCCUGGACACUCCAGCAAAGGGGCUGAUAUUGAGAGAGACUUGUACUCAAAGGUCUCAAAGGUUGAGGAACGCUCCAAGCUGAACCGCCAGAGCUCUCCGGCUCUCCAGAACAAAGUGGCCAAUCGUAUUUCUGAUCCCUCCCUGCCUCCCCGCUCAGAGUCCUUCAGCAGUGGAGGCAUACAGCAGGCCCGGACGCCUCCCAUGCACCGCCCGGUAGAGCCUCAGAUGGCGCACCUGGUCUCUGUGAAAUCCCAUGGAUCUUCCAUGACAGGAUCCCAGUCGCUGCAUGAUCAGUCCUCUCAGGGCGUCUCAGCCUUCCAAGAGGGUCUGUCACCUCACCGACCACCGAUGCCACGGCAGAACUCUGACCCCACGUCAGAAAACCCCGCCCCACCACCUCGCAUUACCAGCCGAGAAGAGAAGUUUGACCGUAGCUCUUGGCUGAGACAGGAAGAUGACGUCCCUCCAAAGGUGCCCCAAAGGACCACUUCCAUAUCCCCUGCACUGGUGAGAAAAAAUUCUCCAGGGAAUGGACCAGGAGGACUGGGACCGAGAACCGGAGCACAUCUGAUCCGAGCCAGUAACCCAGACCUGCGGAUUUCCAUGGAGUCGGCUCUCCAGAGAACCAACAGUGGUAGUUCUUCCAGUUCUAGCACGCCCAGCUCUCAGGGCAGCUCCAGCGAGAGGAACCGUGUGGGAGGCUCCAGUAAACCUGAAGGAUCCCCAGCAGUGUCCCAAGAAUCCAAGCCCAAAACCCAGGAGGAGAACAGAGAGGUGACCAGACCCAGCCGACCAGCGAGUUAUAAGAAAGCCGUAGAUGAGGAGGAGCUGGACCUCACUGCUCUGGCCAAAGAACUCCGUGAGCUGAGAACCAAUGAGGAAACCAACCGGCCUCCCAGGAAAGUGACAGACUAUUCCUCAUCCAGUGAGGAAUCAGAAAGCAGUGAUGAUGAGGAUGGAGAAGGCGGGGCUCAUGAUGGAACUGUUCCCGUUAGUGAUAUUCCACGCAUCAUGCCUUCUGGCCAGGGUGGCACUGACUCACUGAUCAACCAGGAGGAUUCUCAUGCCAAUGAUUCAUUUGGCAAAAAUUCACAAGACAGUGCCCUGAUGAUGCGAGAGACGUUUUGGGAAAGCAAGCUCGGUCAUGCCGAGAGCAAUGGUUUCCCCGGUAACUCCAAUCUGCCUGAUCUAGUGCAGCAAAGCCACUCGCCUGGCGAGGGCCCUGGGCGGCUUUCUAGUGGGCUGGACCUGGACUCUGUGGCUGAAUUUGGGAUGGGGAGCGGGUCCAAAGCCUCCUUCACUCCUUUUGUGGACCCACGAGUGUAUCAGACCUCCCCCACAGAGGACGAUGAGGACAACCCUGCCUCAGCUCAUUUUAUGGAUGAACACCUACGGCAGGAGCAGGAACAGGAACAAGCUCGACUAAAUGAGGCUCGGAAAAUAUCAGUUGUUAAUGUCAAUCCCACCAAUAUCAGGCCACACAGUGACACACCGGAAAUCCGCAAAUAUAAGAAGCGCUUUAACUCUGAGAUCCUGUGUGCAGCACUAUGGGGAGUGAAUCUGUUGGUAGGAACAGAAAAUGGGCUCAUGUUACUAGAUCGCAGUGGUCAGGGCAAAGUCUACAAUCUGAUCAACCGCAGGCGCUUUCAGCAGAUGGAAGUUCUGGAGGGUCUCAAUGUCCUGGUCACCAUAUCAGGCAAAAAGAACAAACUGAGGGUCUACUAUCUGUCAUGGCUUAGAAACAGGAUACUCCACAAUGACCCUGAGGUAGAAAAAAAACAAGGGUGGAUUACUGUUGGUGACCUAGAGGGAUGUGUCCAUUAUAAAGUCGUCAAAUAUGAGAGGAUUAAGUUCUUGGUGAUUGCAUUGAAGAAUUCAGUGGAGAUUUAUGCCUGGGCUCCCAAACCCUACCACAAAUUCAUGGCUUUCAAGUCUUUCACAGAUCUUCAGCACAAGCCUCUGCUUGUGGACCUGACGGUGGAGGAGGGUCAGCGGUUAAAGGUUAUCUAUGGCUCCAGCGUUGGUUUUCACGUGAUAGAUGUCGACUCUGGGAAUCCGUACGAUAUCUACAUUCCGUCCCACAUUCAGGGCAGUGUUACCCCUCACGCCAUUGUGGUGCUUCCCAAGACCGACGGCAUGGAGAUGCUUCUGUGUUAUGAAGAUGAGGGAGUCUAUGUGAACACAUACGGCAGAAUCACUAAAGACGUGGUGCUCCAAUGGGGAGAGAUGCCCACCUCUGUUGCCUACAUCCACUCCAACCAGAUCAUGGGCUGGGGAGAGAAAGCCAUUGAGAUCCGCUCCGUGGAAACGGGACACCUCGACGGAGUUUUCAUGCACAAGCGAGCACAGCGACUGAAGUUCCUUUCGGAGAGAAACGAUAAAGUGUUCUUUGCCUCAGUCAGAUCAGGAGGCAGCAGCCAAGUUUUCUUCAUGACCUUGAACAGAAACUCCAUGAUGAAUUGGUAAUUCAUCCCCGCCCUUCCCUGCAUUGUAUCUGUGGACCUUUUCUACUUUAUUGAAAAGUGUGAAAAAAGGAAAGACGGGAAAAUCCAGUUGCGCUGGAUAAUCUGGCAGAUGGCAAAAAGACCAAACCUUGCUGGGACCUUCUCAGAAGAGUCAAAGACAAACCCCAAAUUCACACGCCCCCGCCAACAACAAGGGGCGCCGGGGUAGAAGAACAACUGGUCUGCAUUAUUUUGAUGGCUCUUUUAUUAACAUGCGUGGGGUUCUGGUGUUUUUGUCUGUACAGAUCUCUAUCUAGAUUCUGGAGGUGAAGACUGGAAAUAUGGGGAAUAAGACCCACAGAGUAGAGUGAAUAUUUGUACUGUUAAGACACUUUUCGAUAAUUUAUCACGGUUGCGCUGAACGUCAGUAAACCUCCCUUGCGGGAUGAAUCCAUUGAGGCUGGUUAGUGUGAUCAACCCUUUUUCUUUUUUAUGUUUCAGCUUGGAAUGCACACAGAUGUUUGUGUCAUGUGGAUAUCACUCUAAUGUCUGAUAUUUAAGACUUGUAUGAUACUUUGCCACAUUAUGUUGGAGCAGACACACUUCGGGCUGUCCACAGAAUGCCUUAAAUAUGAAUUUGCGAAGCUGCUCGGUUUUAUUUUUCCAUAAGUUCAUAAGAAAUUGAUGUUUAUGCAUAUUUCUGUAAGGAAAGGAAAAUUCUACUUUUUUGGAUGGAAAUUGAUGCCUGCUGAUAUGAACGUAUAACGGAACUAUAUAAUGAUUCUGAAUAUUCAUACUGUGCAUUCCUAGUUUUAUCCCAAAGCUCUAUAGUAUUCACAUUUGGAGCCUGUGGUUUGGCAAUGUUUUCCUUGUGCUCAGGGAGAUGGUGCUGUUGAUCAGACCUUUUUCCAUUCAUUUCCAUUUUCUUUACAACUUGUGUUAUGGGCGAUUUAAAGGGAUAGUUCACUCUAGAAUUACAAUUCUGUUCUCAUGCCGUUUCAAAACUGUAAGACUUUUGUUCCUCAGUUACACAUAAAAAGAGAAGUUUAUCAGACUCUUCAAGCUGCUUUCUUCCAUACAAUGAAAGUAAUUAAAAAAAAAAAAACUAUCAUAAAAGUAGUCAAUGUGCACUGUAUUUCUAGUUUCUGAAAGCCAUAUGAUGUUUUCUGUGAGGAACAGACUCAAAAAAGUUCUAGUCACAAAUAACAGCCUAAAUAUUCGAAAGACAAUAAGGCGAGUCAUUUUACUGGCCCUAUGAGUACAUUAAUAUCCAUAUGGACUGGAUUAGACCGUCAUUUUUAUUUAAGGGUGAAACUGGUCUGCAGAGAUGAUUCUUGAACGCUUUAUCACCACAGUGCUAAGAAAGAGUCUGAAUACUUCAACUGACUGGUAAAUACUACAGAGCUUUCUAUUGAAACAUAAAAAAGUACAUUAAGAUUCUGUUUAGAGCAUCACAGUUUCUUUGUAAGAGUGUGCGUAUGUGAAUGAAUGAUGAGAUGUAAUGCUUUCCACCAAUGAUACAAAAAUAACCAUUAACAUACCAGCAAUCUCAGUUGUUUUCGUAUCAGGAGUAACACGUGUCAUUAGAAUAAGAAUGUGCUGCAGUUUUGUAUUUUUAAGUUUGUUUUCUCAUGACUUUCAGCAAAGUGCAAUAAAGGCCAAGGGAAUCUAGCAUGGUGAGUCGAUUGCUCACCUCUCCUCAUGAUGGAUCUCCAACUCUUUCAAGAGGGAUAUUCACUACCACCCUCUGUAAAUAUCCACUUCCGUUUUGGAAAAGAGUCCUGCCUCCGAAUCGAAUGCUUAGGAACUGUGAGGAUGUGACAGAAAUGUGCGAUGCUGUUUGUGGUUCUGUAAGAUCCACCACCUUCUCUGUGUGAAUCACAUGAAGCAGUGAACGAAGGGUAGUGUUUUGUGAGUAGAGCUUCCUUUUAGGCUACCUCGUUUCUGUUCAACUGUUGGAUCGGUUCAGUUUUCUAUAUGGGUAAUGACUGUUGAUGCCGUAGAUCAAACCUUCGUAAGUGACACAAUGUAAGGCAAUAUUCCAGAUCGUAGUUUGAAGAGGCAAAUAUUUAAUCUCUGGGAGGGGGAGGUUGUGUCUUUUUGAAAUGCAACCAGUAGAUCAGUGGAUUUCCAACGUUAUUCAAAUAUAAUAGGAAUUUUCAAUUGGCGAAGAGGAUGUUGUAAUUAACAAAUGUAAAAUAAGGCUAUGUUGUCAUUCCAUGUAUAUUCAGAGGUGAUUUGAGUGUAGAGCGCCAGACAGAAAUAUUCAGAAAUAUAAAAAAAAAAAUAUAUAUAUAUUGGUGCAAUGUCUUGUGUAACAGCGAAAUCAAGCCUACACUUCAUAUUAGGGUGAUUCUUCAAUUAGGGCAACUUUUCGAAACCCACGGAUGAUUUUAAGGGAAAACAUUUCCAAUUUUUUUUUUUUGGUCUCUCUAUUUUUAUUUUCACUUAAAGACGUUCAGUUUAUUUGUCAUUUAUUUUUACAUUUUUAUAGCUUUUUUUUAUUUCAUCAAAUACUACUGUCAUCACCGCCAUGCCAAGAAUUGUAUUUCUAUAUUAUCUAUUAAUUUAGAUUUUUUUUUCUUUUUUUUUCCCCCCAAGCACACAACUGACAUUAUUUCAAAAUCCACUUAAGAUAUAUGAAACUGUUUGCAUUUUUAGGAUUACAAAAACACAAAAAUGCCUCUAACUGCAGAAUCGCCAAUUAAUAGACUUGAAGUCCUUCCAAAUGACGUGGCGUUUUAAUCAAAUAGGUGGAAUCAUGAAAAUAACAGUCCUUUAUAUACUUUUAUAUAUUUUCAUUACAGUUCUGUAAGGGCAAUAGAGUGUGAAAUUCACUUGACACAACUAGGAACUUUUAAGACUUCGUGUUUUUGUCCAUCAAACUGUGAACUGAGUGCAGGUGUGAAAUACUUCUGGGGUUUUCCCAUUCAUUUCCUCAACACGGCUGUGAGGUUGGUUGAUAUCUUCAUCUCUCAUGCACCACCUUCAGUGGUCUUUUGAUUUGUACUUGACCUCAUUUUCUUUCUUAAUACGGACAUUACUGUAAGUACAUCCUUUAUAUUCAGGCCGAGCGAGUUUUGUUGUUUUAUUUCUGUAUUUCUCUUUUUUUUUUUGUGUGUGUGUAUUAAAAUUUGAGAUUUAUAGCACAACCGAGCAUUCUGGAUAUUGGCUGUUAUUUUUAUGGUUGUUCCUGUGUGUGUGAUUGGGUGUGUGUGAUUUAAACAUACCAUUUUUGUUUUUUUAAAGCCUGUGAAUACACCAGUUAAAGAAGUAAUACAGGCAUUUGACACUAAAAUGACAAAAUGGUGAGGUUUCAAUAUUACAAGCCUUCGGUUAUAGACAUUUGAACCUGAAACCUGGCAUAUCAUGUUUUGUUCUCAAAAUAUGCAGGCUGUAGUAUUUUAUAAAUAGAUUUUUAAGGCUAUUAAACUAGAGUUUUGUUCCAAAUGUAGCCUGGACUUUUAAGAGAAGUGAUCUCAUCUAAUCUGUGCCUAGUCUAUGUAGUGGGUGUUACAUUUUAUUGCUUACAAUUUAUUACAUAUUGUAAAUCAAACAAACAACAAAGUCACUCAAGUCCCCUUUGUGUCAUCCACAAAACCCACAAAAAGAGCUGAAUCUUCUAAACUGAGUAUUUUAUGGUCGUUACAUUUUUUACAAUCCAGUUUUCUUGAUAUUCUGAUCCAUUUUAUUUAUUGUUUUGUACAGUGCUUUAAUGCUGGUAUCUGUAUUUAGAAAGCAGCAGUAUUAUUGCUGCUGCUUUUUUAAAGGGACUGUUUUCUUCAGCUGUAUUCUGGAUUAGUUUGUCUUAGAGAAAUAUGAAAUCUAUAUUAUAAUGUCAGAGAUGCUUUAAUAUGAGUGCUUUAUUUUACUUUUUUGUUUGUUUUCUAAUUUUAUUGCAGUAUUGUUCAGUGCUCUUUCCUUAUUAAAUAAAUUCACCCCUGAUAACUGCAAAAAUGUUAUAUCCUAGGGUUGUUUGUGGAUCUAGUCUUGUUAACCUAAUACUCAGUGUGUUUAUGUUUAAAGAGGAAAACCGCAGAGAGAAGACUGCAUAUCAAAUGCGAUGGCAGAGCAGGUUGGUGGAUCAGUCUAGAAAAGCUAUAGCAAUAACAAGCAUUACUGAUUUUGUCAGUCUUCAUGUUAGACCCUUUUCUACUUUGACUGAAACUCCAGUUUUUGAUCUUAUUCAGAUGGAGUCAAGCGUUUCUGAAAGAGGAGAAUGUGAAAUGGAAAAAAAUGGAAAUUUCAGAUUUUGAAAACUCACCCAUUGUGUUCACUUGUCACCUAAAACUGACAGUUUCUUUGCUUUUUUAAAAAAUAAAUUGACACCUCAAACCAGA